AUGACAAUGGUUAGCUAUAAGAUCGAAUAUUUCAACGUCAGAGGUCGGUGUGAAUCCAUUAGAUAUUUACUGACUGACAAUGAUCUCAAAUAUACUGAAGAUAUGAUCCAAUUUGAAGAAUGGAGUGAAAAAUAUAAGCCGAAAAUGCCUUAUGGUCAAGCACCUGCUGUAUACGAUGGUGAUUUUCAGUUGGUACAGUCAAAUUCUAUUUUGCGAUAUUUAGGUCGAAAACAUGGCCUCUACCCGACAUGUGAGAAAGAAGCCUAUAAAGUUGAUAUGUUAAAUGAUGGCGUUGAAGAUCUUCGUGUGUUAUACAUCAAACUUAUCUAUAACAAUUACGAUGAUGGAAAAGCAGAUUACAUAAAAGAAUUACCAGCCCGAUUGAAACCAUUUGAGAAUAUUUUAAAAGUCAAUGGUGCUGGUGAAUCUGGGUUUGCUGCCAACAAUAAGUUGUCUUUCCUAGAUUACAAUUUAUUUGACCUUUUGGACAACCAUGUUAUUCUUCAUGCCGGUUGUUUGGAUGAUUUCCCAACAUUGAAAGGUUACUACCAGAGUUUUAAAAGUCGUGCCAAACUUGCUGAAUACAGAAAUACUGAUGCCUUUAAGUCUCGUCCAGUCAACGGCAACUCAAAACAGUAAACCGUAGUAAAAGUAUUAAUUGAUGUGGGACUCACUUAUUCCAACUAUCUAAUAGAUGUGAAGAAAAAAAAGUAAUAAAAAAAAUAAUUGUAUUCUAAGCUAUUCUGUCAUCUGAAUCUAUUCCAGCCUCUGAUAGCUAUUUGAACAGAUGUCAGCUGGUUUUUUACUCCAUCUGAUAACUGUCAAAAUAUCCAUCAGAAGCAUUUACUGUUUUUGAGGUUUAUUUUUGGUUUAAACGAAAAUCCAAGGUUCCUUGUGCUUGCUAUUAUAUAACCUAUGUCUUUAUAAGAUACAAAGCGGGUUAGAAAUCUAGCAAGCGAAUUGAUUGAUGUUGACCAAACUACCAAUUGAUGGUAGUGUUGCUGGUAAUAGGGGGAGGUCUUUCAUGAAUCAUCUUGAUGAGGUGGAAGUGUCGAUGGUUAUGAAAUCUAACAUUUUUUUCAUAUAUUUAUUUCAAUUUAUAAUAAGAGUUCACUGGUACAUGGAAAUUUUUGACAUGAUUUAAAAGAAAAAAAAUAUUGCACAGUACAGUAAGCUAUAUAUAAUAUAUAUUCUUAUAGAGAAUAGCAAAUCAUUGAUGAUACAGUAUUGAAAACCAAAAGUGCUCUUCUAGUGUUUGCAAAUGGACAAAUCAGCAAACAACUGAUAUCAGCUGUAGAAUAUAGUUGUAAAUCCUAAUGAAACCUACUCUUUAAUCUACUUGUUUUCUUUUAAAGAAAUAGAAGCAUACCUCUCAGUAUGAACAUAAAAUUUAGGUUCUGAACUUGGCCAGAUGUUGUAAAUUAUAUUCAUCAGUGGACUUACCUGGUGUACUAACUAAACAGCAGAGUGCCUCUAUAUCUAUAAUUCGAUAAAUCCAUUUAUCAGAUUAUACAGGGAUUCUUUUGAAUAGUUAGUUCACCAGGCAAGUCUAAUAAUGAAUAUUAAUAUACUUGACUAACUAUUAGAAUUUGAAAAUAUAAAUUUUAUAUUCAUUCUGAAAUGAUGUAUUUCUUAUCUUUAAUUAAUAUACUGAAGUAUAAUCACUAUUUAAAAAAACAAUACCCCUACUUAUACUUGGAAUAUACAAUAACAACAGAACAACAUAACAAAUAUCACAAUAUUUAAAUCUGAUUUUGUAUUUAAGUUUGGUCACUUCAUUUUCCAUUAUAUAUAUCUCGAGAGAGUCUAAACAUCCUAUUUACUUUUACAUUACCUUAUAGUAAGAACUAUCCUUAACAUACAUUUAAAGGGACAUGUACGCCAUAUUAAGGGGUUGAUUUGAGUUUUGAAAAUAUG